GCAUCCAGCUGCCCACCCCUGAGUCCAAGAUUCUUCCCAGGAACACAAACGUAGGAGACCCAGGCUCCUGGAAGCACCAGCCUUUAUCUCUUCACCUUCACCUUCACCCUUUCUCAAGAAUCCUCUGUUCUUUGCCCUCUAAAGUCUUGGCACAUCUAGGACCCAGGCAUCUAGCUUUCCAGCCACAAAGAGACAGAUGAAGAUGCUGAAAGGAAGUGUUCUCCUUACGUUUUGUCUACUACUGCAUUUAGAAGCCGCAACAAAUUCCAGUGGGACUAGCACCUCUGCCAACACGGGAUCCAGUGUGAUCUCCAGUGGAGCCAGCACACCCACCAACUCUGAGUCCAGCAUGACCUCCAGUGGGGCCAGCACAGCCACCAACUCUGAGUCCAGCAUAACCUCCAGUGGGGCCAGCACAGCCACCAACUCUGAGUCCAGCAUAACCUCCAGUGGGGCCAGCACAGCCACCAACUCUGAGUCCAGCACAGUGUCCAGUGGGACCAGCACAGCCACCAACUCUGAGUCCAGCACGACCUCCAGUGGGGCCAGCACAGCCACCAACUCUGAGUCCAGCACAGUGUCCAGUGGGGCCAGCACAGCCACCAACUCGGAGUCCAGCAUGACCUCCAGUGGGGCCAGCACAGCCACCAACUCUGAGUCCAGCACACCCUCCAGUGGGGCCAGCACAGCCACCAACUCUGAGUCCAGCACAACCUCCAGUGGGGCCAGCACAGCCACCAACUCUGAGUCCAGCACAACCUCCAGUGGGGCCAGCACAGCCACCAACUCUGAGUCCAGCACACCCACGACCUCCAGUGGGACCAGCACAGCCACCAACUCUGAGUCCAGCACACCGUCCAGUGGGGCCAGCACAGCCACCAACUCUGAGUCCAGCACAACCUCCAGUGGGACCAGCACAGCCACCAACUCUGAGUCCAGCACACCCUCCAGUGGGGCCAGCACAGCCACCAACUCUGAGUCCAGCACGACCUCCAGUGGGGCCAGCACAGCCACCAACUCUGAGUCCAGCACAACCUCCAGUGGGGCCAGCACAGCCACCAACUCUGAGUCCAGCACACCCUCCAGUGGGGCCAGCACAGCCACCAACUCUGAGUCCAGCACGACCUCCAGUGGGACCAGCACAGCCACCAACUCCGAGUCCAGCACACCGUCCAGUGGGGCCAGCACAGCCACCAACUCUGAGUCCAGCACACCCUCCAGUGGGGCCAGCACAGCCACCAACUCUGAGUCCAGCACACCCUCCAGUGGGGCCAGCACAGCCACCAACUCUGAGUCCAGCACGACCUCCAGUGGGACCAGCACAGCCACCAACUCUGAGUCCAGCACACCGUCCAGUGGGGCCAGCACAGCCACCAACUCUGAGUCCAGCACAACCUCCAGUGGGACCAGCACAGCCACCAACUCUGAGUCCAGCACACCCUCCAGUGGGGCCAGCACAGCCACCAACUCUGAGUCCAGCACGACCUCCAGUGGGGCCAGCACAGCCACCAACUCUGAGUCCAGCACAACCUCCAGUGGGGCCAGCACAGCCACCAACUCUGACACAGCCACCAACUCCGAGUCCAGCACACCGUCCAGUGGGGCCAGCACAGCCACCAACUCUGAGUCCAGCACAGCGUCCAGUGGGGCCAGCACAGCCACCAACUCUGAGUCCAGCACAACCUCCAGUGGGGCCAGCACAGCCACCAACUCUGGGUCCAGUGUGACCCCUGCAGGCUCUGGAACACCAGCUCUGACUGGAAUGCACACAACUUCCCAUAGUGCAUCUACUGCAGUGAGUGAGGCGAAGCCUGGUGGGUCCCUGGUGCCAUGGGAAAUCUUCCUCAUCACCCUGGUCUCGGUUGUGGCGGCCGUGGGGCUCUUUGCUGGGCUCUUCUUCUGUGUGAGAAACAGCCUGUCCCUGAGAAACGCCUUUAACACAGCUGUCUACCACCCUCAUGGCCUCAACCAUGGCCUUGGCCCAGGCCCUGGAGGGAAUCAUGGAGCCUCCCACAGGCCCAGGUGGAGUCCUAACUGGCUCUGGAGGGGACCAGUAUCCUCCAUAGCCAUGGAGAUGAGCGGGAGGAACAACGGGCCCUGAGUGGCCCCGAAGCGAGUGCCGCAUUCUUCAGGAAGGAAGAGACCUGGGGACCCAAGACCUCGUUUCCUUUCAUUCAUCCCUGGAGACCCCUCCCAGCUUUGUUUGAGAUCCCGAAAAUCUUGAGGAAGACAUUCCUUACCUCUCUUGCCUUUACCAGACACUGGAAAGAGAAUACUAUAUUGCUCAUUUA